UUCGGCUGCCGAACGGGCUGCGUCUAGCAACUGGCGGCCUUGCAACUAGCAGCUGAAGCUGAGCUACGGGGAAGGCACCGACAGCAGCUGGUUGCGCCGGUUUUUGAACGGUGCCAAUGUGCAAUUUCGGGUAGUCCGGUACCUAUUGACGUUGUGCGCCGGCCCGUGGGUGACUUGUGCACUAUUCAUAACCUUAUUCAGUGACAGUUCUUACCGGAUACGCUCGCGGUUUUGUCAUUUGAUGCCGUUACGUGAAACUGCUCGCUAAAGUUUAUCAAUAAUCGUAUGCUGCGCCCAAUGUUCCGCCAUAACAAUCGAUUAGGCGACACGAUGCGCCGCAUGAUAUCGCACCUCAUGCGCAGUCGGAGCGGCCUCGCUAUGCGCCUGCGCAAGGCUACGCCGGCGCCCCGACGGGCGCAGUAAUGUCAACGGCGCGACGCCUGGUUUUGAGUCUGCGCGGUCGGAAACAGUCGCAGGAUAGUUCGGCGGGUCGCUUAGUAGGUGGCCCCGGGUGCGGAGGGGCGGCCGGGGCGGCAACAGGAGGUUGCCACGAACUGGACGAGAUUGCGGUCGUUUCGAGCAGUGCGGACCCUCUUCAUCUAAAAUACGGUAGCGAAAUUGCCGGCAACCAGCCGAUUGCCUGCAAUGGACCCAGACUGGUACCAGGCAUCAUUACGUCGGGUGGGUGUAUGGUCGGCGAACGUCUGAGGGGAAGUGGCGGGGGUUUGGACAUGGCGCUCAAUCCCCCCGCCCGCCCAACUUCUCACAAAACCAGCACAGAAAGCGUGAAUCGGGUGCUCAAAAGCGUAUCAAAGCAGAGCUUGCUUAAUCUAGUGGGUUGUAAGCUAGGCAUGUCCAAGUGCAGCCCGUCGGAGAGAAGUAGCUUUCAUCAAGAAGGUUUCUUCUCGUCGUCCCGCGAUAGCUUACCAGCGGCAUACGUCAACCGGGCAGCAAACGUUAGUUCGGCUAGUGAAUUAGAUUUAUCCAGAAAACAUAGAAGAAAAGACUUACGUAGUCGUUUAAAAUUACCCACAAGCGUAACGUUAGCUAGUUCAGAAGGAGGUCCAUAUUUGGGAGCUUGGAGAACAGCACCAGGCUCAACAGCAGGUACCAACCCUCCUUCUACGAAUCAUCUGAGCAGUAGUAGUUGCAAUGGUACAGAAAGCCGUUACGGAUUUCGACGUGUAGACUCUUACCCAGGACGUCUCCGAGCAGGAUCUACAGGGUGGUCGUUCGUUUUUGACCCUGCGGGACGACUGUGUUACUAUUGGUCUAUGAUAGUUUCACUCGCCUGCCUUUAUAACCUUUGGGUCAUAAUUUACCGAUUUGCCUUUCGGGAAAUUGACGCGAGUACGAUAUUAGUGUGGUUUUGUCUAGACUAUUUUGCGGACUUUUUAUAUCUAAUGGACAUAUUAGUGCACUUUCGGACGGGCUACUUGGAGGACGGAGUUCUCCAAACGGACGCGGUCAAACUACGCCAACACUACAUGAAUUCGACCACGUUCUACAUCGACUGCCUGUGCCUCUUACCGCUCGAUUUUUUAUACUUGUCCAUAGGGUUCAAUUCAAUUUUAAGGCUUUCUAGACUGAUUAAACUGUACAGAUUUUGGGCGUUUAUGGACCGUACGGAGAGGCACACAAACUAUCCAAAUUUUGUUAGAUCUUCCUAUCUAAUUCACACGCUUCUGGUGGUGUUCCAUUGGAACGGAUGUGUGUUUCAUUUAGUAUUAAAAAAUGACGGUUUCGGGAGCAAAAAUUGGGUGUACAGCGACUCAUCGUCCAACGAGGAUCAUGUGAAAGCCUAUUUACAAAGCUACUACUGGUGUACCUUAGCCCUUACAACAAUUGGUGAUCUGCCGCGACCGAGGAGUAAACCGGAGUACCUCUUUGUGAUAUUUCAGCUUCUUUUUGGUCUCCUGCUCUUCGCCAGCGUCAUGGGUCACGUAGCUAACAUCGUUACGUCAGUUUCAGCUGCAAGAAAAGAAUUUCAAGCUAAACUAGACGGAGUGAAAACCUACAUGCGUAUGCGCCGCGUGCCCACUCACCUCCAAGUGAAGGUAAUCAAAUGGUUCGACUACCUGUGGCUCACUCAAAAAUGUUCGGAUGAAGAACGGGCGGUAUCGUGUCUGCCCGACAAACUCAAAGCUGAAAUAGCCAUCAACGUUCAUCUCGAUACGUUGAAAAGGGUGGAAAUAUUUCAAAAUACCGAGGCCGGUUUUUUAUGCGAGCUGGUGCUACGGUUGCGACCUGUGCUGUUUUCACCUGGGGAUUACAUCUGUAGAAAAGGGGAAGUGGGUAAAGAAAUGUACAUAGUAAACCGGGGUCGUCUCCAAGUGGUAGCCGAUAAUGGACGCAACGUAUUGGCCACCCUGAAAGCGGGUAGCUACUUUGGUGAGAUCUCCAUCUUGAAUAUGGGCACGGCAGGCAACAGAAGGACAGCUAGUGUGAGAUCUGUAGGCUACAGUGACUUAUUCGUGUUAAGUAAAAAGGACAUGUGGGACGUACUCAAGGAAUAUCCAGCGGCACGAGUGAGAUUGGAAGCUAUAGCUGUUAAAAGACUGGAAAAGUAUAAAAGAGCGCCCUUAGAAAAAGCUGCAAUGGGCCGAAGCCAGUCGACUCCUGGACUAGUGGAGUCGCGCGGUAAAAUUACACUAGAAGAUAUGUGGGUUGCUCCGGUGCCUUAUGGCGGUUUAACGUCCCUUUAUCCCCGCUCGUUGGCGGUUUCUUCUCCUCCUCAGAGUAUUAGAACCUUACCGACUCCUGAUAGUCCUGCGGGUUCUACCAGUAGCGAUAGGAGCAGGCAGAGUAGACAAAGUAGACAGCAACAUGCAAGAUCAGGCGCAAUAAUAAAUGGUGGAGAGAGUAUGACGCAACUGGUAUCAGGAAGAACCACGCCCCUAAUAUCAUCCCAUGAGGUUCUGGAAACGGAAAUUAAAAGAUUGAGGGAGCGACUUCAAACAGUUGAAUCCGAGAAUGCAGCUAUGAGCGUUAAGUUGAGUCAGCAACAGUGGGAGUUGGAACAUCGGUUAGCGGAAAUCGAGAUGCAAAUUUGCGGUUCCCGUUCGACGAGCUCCUUGGAUCAGGACGAAUUGGACAGGAACCGGGAGAGCAUCAUUUAACGGCUGGACGCGCUGCCGCACGCAUGGCACGCGCACCCCUCCCUCAUGGUGCAGUUCGUUGCGUGACGGCUGGAGCGCGACACCCUGUAUUACAAUAGACAACCGCCCAGAAAGAUAAUUGGGGACUACUCCGUCAUUUGGUGUGCUCGGUUGUUAGUGAAACAUGGCUAUGCUAUAUUUAUGGGAUGAGAGUGUACAGAUAGAAUGGACAUCAAAUUGGCAAAAAAUAUACAGUGAAAUAAUUCUUAUAGUUACUUGUAUUAUACAAGGUGAUGCAUUUAACUUAUGUCUCGAAAAUGGCGCGUUUAUGAAAACAAAACUUCAAGUAAAAGUUAUCACAAUUAAAAAUCAGUGCUACCAUUUUCUUUUUCCCAUGACACCAUAAUAUAAUUUCUAUUUGAACAUUUCUUUUCAAAACCGCGUCGUUUUCGACAUAAUAAUAAAACUGGCUCAAGUUAAAUGGACCACCCUGUAUACAGUGAGAGUGGGGUCAUAAAUUCUGGAAUAAAAUAAUUAGGUAGGCAUUCAAAAACCGUUUCUUUUUUAUCAAGAAUACUGUCUGAAAAAUUCUGCAUUUCUACCAACUUGAUGUUUGAAUUCGGAUUUCUUGUUCGAUUGUUUCAGGAGAAGAUAAUUUCUUGAAAUAAUUUGACGUUUCAAGUUUUCAUUGAUUGGCUUUUGAAAAACCUUACUUUUUAGAUCAAGGUGGGUUAAAUCUGGGAAUCUCAGUGGCCAAGGGAUCCCAUUUUUCCAAUCCGUCUAUUUCUGAUACUUCAAAGAAACAGGAUGAAUCAAUUGAGAAAAUAUAAAAAUCUGGCUCAAUAGCAAAUUUUACCAUUUACUGAUGGGAUGAAUUCCUUUCUCAAUACAAACUGCAAUGUGGAGGAUUUAUUCUAAAAAAGAAUUAAGAUAAACUGAAUAAACUUGAGGAGAGAGAGAUACCUACUUAGACAAAUCUGGCUCAACAGUGAUAUUUGCCAUGUUUUCAGAUAGACUUUAUUACAUAAAAUUCAUCCUUGGCUUCUCAAUACUGGGUGCAAUGUAAAGGAUUUCUGGAUUGGAAGAAACUGUUGAAAUAGGAGAGAUAUUUAGUCAAAUUUAUACAGGCUGCAUCUAUCAUAUGCCCUGAACUGAAUCGUCAGCACCUCCAAUUCCACACAAAUUUCCUAAUUCCAUCCCUAACUAUAUAGCGGCACCAUCCAGAAAAAAGUUAGUUCACCUUCAAAGAAAAAAAGGGACCAGGAGCUUUUCCACUAAUUCACAGCAACUACCAAAGAUUCAAAUGGGUCAAACUCGUGUCAAACCUUUGUGAGUCGUUUCCACAAAAGUCAAAUUACGACAAAUAUACCUGACGAUAUCAAAAUGAAUUGAAGAUAAAGUAAUGGUAAAGCCUGAAACAAAAGGUAUCAUUGUAGAUAGGGCAUACAUGUGAUAAUUCUAUAAAAUUUACUUGAUGGUCUGGCUUAAGCGGAGGAUUAUUUCUGUUUGAAUCCAUGUAUAUCUUAAUUUAUUUGAUCCAGCAUACUGCCGUUUUUUCAAGGAGAACUUUCAAUUUUAUAAUUUAAAAGUGGCUUAAAUCUGCACUGACACCACUUGUCCUUAAGAUCAAGGAUCAGUAAAAGUGAAGAACAGUUACUCUUGUGCACUUCCAUAGAAUCUUUCUAUCAAACAGAACAGUUUUGGAAAAGACAUGUAGGUUUAAUAAAGAAAUUUAAAAGCAGGAAAACUACUUUAUGACCUCGCCUGGAUAUUCUUGUUUUUAGAAAAACUCAAAUUACAUUAGUACAAUUUGGCUCAAAUCUUGAAGUAAAUUAUGGCCAUUAAAUAAUAUAUUUUUAGAAUAUUUGGAAUUUGGAUGUUCCUUUAAACAAGCAAGUACCUACCUAUUCCAAUUGAUAACUCGAGCAUUCAAGCUACAUUUUUAUAUUUCCCCAUUAAAAUCAAGAGAUUAUAUGAACUAAAAUUCUCGCUGUACGCUCUACCCUCUCAAAGUGAAAAGCAAAUAAACUUCUAAGUGAAUUUUCCUCAAAACCGAAGGACGUUUUUCUCAUAAAACGAUCGUUGACUGCCACAACAAAACUAAAAACAAACAUUAAAAAAAAAUUUAAAAUAUUUAUUCGGGAGUUUUCUAUCAUAAUUAUUAACUACUUAGGUGUGAUGUCAAGUUUCUCAUUGUCUUUUUUUUUUCGAAAACAGUAUUUCUUGUGUGCGUGCCAAAAAAUAUCAUAAAUCUAUAUUUUAUUGCCAAUUAAUAAGGCUUGACUAAACAGUUUUUAACAAAAAAGACAUAUGGGAAAUUGAUUGAUAAAAUAAAUUAUAAUAAUUGUUAUUAUAAAAUUUACCAAAAAAAAAAAUAAUAAAUUACGGGUACUUUUGUAUCUAGAAUAAAUAAUUAAAAAUAAUUUCAAUUUAUUAUAAUGACAAAUUUUGUUUCAGUCUUCCCCUAAGUGCCAAAGCUGUACAAUAUUAAUUAUUGUGGCUCUGUCAUGAUUAUUUAUUCUUUGUAGCUUGCCAAUAUAGUACUUAAAAUCUUAGAUAGACUGUUUCAUCAACAUUUUAAUUGCUGAGUCAAAUAUACCAGCAUAAGUGAGUUGAAUUUUUGACAUAAUUUUUUGUAAAAAUAAAAAAAUAUAUAUAGGACUCGGCCCUAGACGUCAUAGAAACCAUAGGGUCAAAUUUCGCCCUCCUAUAAAUGUUUUGCAGACGGAUUUAAUGGUGCUUCAAAAAAAAAAAAGUCAUUAAUACAUAGAAUCAUGUGUUCGAAAAACAAUUUGUAUAUAGAAUAUAAAAUGGCGGAAUUUUUAUUGUCAUUUAUAUUGACGGAGAAAACAUAUCUUAGCAAAUUCCAAAAUAAAAUAAAGUUAAACUGAAAUAAAUAAUAUUUCUCCAAAAAAAAAAAAGCUUUAAGAAUUCCGCUGGUCGAAACAAACAUGGUACUAUUGACUUAUUCAAUUAAAUGUAAAUUUUUAACUAUAGUGUAAAUAAUAAUCUUUGGUUAAUUGGUAAUAAGACUUAAAAUAAAAUAUCAAUAAUUGUGUUUUACGUUGUACGUAUGGUUUACAAUUAUUUUAAGAAAAGAAAUUUGAUGCAAUUUUCUUUUAGCUUUCUUUAGCUUCGUUUAGUUAGAGCAAAGCCAAAAGUUCAAAAGUGUAUCGCAUGUUCAGCUCUUGUCAAAUUCAUUAUAUUAUUUAAUCUUAAAAUUGUGUAAACAAUACAUACAAAAGGACCAAUAAUAAUAAUGAAAUGUUUAUAUUUUUGCAAUUGCCUUUGGUAAAAAAAAAAUACUUCUAAAACGCAACUUUCCGAUCAUAUUAGAUCAAAGCAAACUGAAAUAGUUCUUGUACAAUUUACUAAGAUAAUUAUUGCUGGAAUUUUCAAAAGAUUUAAUAAUCUUAGAUAGGUACCCUGAUUUGUUUUUCCUAAAAUAGUUUUUACAGUUUUCCUUAAGCUAGUCAUUUUAGCUAAGCAAAAAGUACUUUUUGGAGACUAUCCUCUAUUGCUCCACAUUCACGCAUGUCUUCUAGUACAAAAAAAUUUAAAUUCAAACAAAAAGUGUUAAAUUAAGUUAUCUCUAAUUAAUAGCUAAACUUUGUAUUUUUUUUUAUUUUUUGUGAAAAUCCUACUAAAACAAUAAAAGAAACACUUUAUUAGUAAUUUUGUUGAAAAUUUAUUGUCCACAAAUUUCACCUCAAAUUGAAAGUAGAUACCUACAUGCCAACAGCUUGCCUAAUUAAAGAUAACUUUAAUGUUUCAUUUAGUACCUUAGUGGUUAAAUUUUAACCCUAAAGACCAAGUAAUUUAAGGUUUGAGAAAUGCACUUUGUGAAAAUGAAAACUUCACAAGCAUCAUUAUUUAUUUGCUUUAUUACCUACUUAUGGCUCAAAGUGCAUUUCAAAAUAUAAUUGUACAUUGCUUAGGUACUAUUGCUACUUUAUAUUAAGAUUUGAAAAAAAAAUAAAAAUGAUGUUACCCUAUAGGAUUUGUACAUUUUUUCUGUUAAGAUACGAAUUUUCCAAAAACCAAAAUUAUAUAAUAAAAAUCCUUAUGGACGUUUUUAAAUAUUUAUCGAAUCGGUACUAUACUUGUAAGGCAAGAAAAUAAAUUUAUUUAAAUGUUUUUAUUACAUUUUGUACGUUUAGUAUAUUGAAUUUGUUAUUUAUAUUGUUGAUAGGAAGAGGUGUUUAUAUAAACUUUUUGAGAUUUUGGCACUAAUCAAUACAUAAAUUACCUACUGUAAAACACAAUAAUUAUCUUGAAUAAAAUCAUACGAAAACAAUUUGAGUCAAGAUGUGCCAAAAUCUCUUCAAACUGUAAAUUUUUAAACUAAGUUAAUUAUUCAAAAAGCUCUUAUGAAAAGAUAAUACUUUGCCUGCUCAUAUCAUAAAAGAAAAAAUUAAAUGCUGCACAAGAUAAUUUUUUUUGAAUGUAGCAGUCUUACGACACAAGUGGACAGUAUAUUAUGUAAGACCUUCCUUUGCUGUGUGCCAAAUUUCCAAAAGAAAUUUUUUUGUCAUUGUUAUACCUAAUUAAAUAUAAUUCCCAUUAAUAAAAAAG